AUGACUAGCGUGGCAAACAUGGCGAGUGUUAUGGCACGUCCGCUGCUCCUUUCUCUCCUCACCAUCACUACAGCGUUCGGAUGUGCAGUAGGACCUGCCGCAUUGAGCACAAGGACCUUCGACGUUACCGGCUUCACCCUGCCGGUGCAGAUGGUCUUCUCAAUGGCACCUGGUGCAGCUGCUCAAGUCCCGGGCAUUGCACCGACUGCCGAGGCGGCCAGUGGAUUUGUGAAGCGUAUUGUAAUGCAAGCAGUGCUUGAAGUUCUCGAACAACAGGGUCGUGCAGCGGGUCUCUCCGAUCCUAUAAUCCAAGUCAUUUUGGACCAACUUACUGUCAACAUCAUGUACCAACCACUGCGAUGCGACACUGUUUCUGUUAAUCCAGGAGCGGCGCAAAGUUAG